CAGAAGGAAAUCAAUAGGUAACCUGAUCCGGAUUGAUUUCCUGUGGCAAUGUAAAGAUGGCGAGAGUGCUCCACAACUUGCUCUUAUUUCUAAUCAGACUUGCGCAGAAAAUCAGACUUUUAGGGUAUUGGUCAUUGAUAUACGGUUAUUGUGCUCUUUGCACCAUCGUAGCCCUGCUCAAACUUUGGUGGAACAUCAUCUUGAGGCCGACAACAACCUUCCAAUGGGUGAUUCGUGAAACUCCCCCGGCUUGCCUGAAUGACACGUCCUUGGGAACCCACUGUUAUGUUAGGAUCAAGGAAUCCGGCCUUAGGUUCCACUAUGUUGCUGCGGGAGAGCGAGGAAAGCCACUCAUGCUGUUUCUGCACGGCUUCCCCGAGUUCUGGUUCUCCUGGCGGUACCAACUACGGGAGUUUAAGAGUGAAUUCCGCGUGGUGGCCAUCGACAUGCGGGGGUACGGGGAGUCCGACCUGCCGCUCUCCGCCGAAAGCUACCGCUUCGAGUACCUUGUUACCGACAUCAAGGAUAUCGUGGAGUAUCUAGGAUACAACAGAUGUUGCCUCGUCGGCCAUGACUGGGGUGGGACCAUCGCGUGGCUGUUUGCCAUUCACUACCCAGAGAUGGUGACAAAACUCAUUGUCCUCAACUGUCCCCAUCCAUCUGUGUACGCAGAUUACGCCCUGCGUCACCCGAGCCAGCUCCUGAAAUCCAGUCAUUUCUUUUUCUUCCAACUGCCCCGCUUCCCAGAGCUCAUGCUCUCCAUCAAUGAUUUCAAGGCUCUGAAGGCCUUGUUCACCAGCCGCAGCACUGGGAUCGGGAGGAAAGGCCGGUGGCUCACUGCGGAGGACUUGGAGGCAUAUCUGUAUGCGCUGUCACAGCCGGGAGCUCUGACCGGAGCCCUCAACUAUUACAGGAAUGUCUUCAGCUCCCUCCCUCUGCACCAUAAUCACGUCAGGUCCCCGGUUCUGCUGCUGUGGGGCGAGCGAGACGCCUUCUUGGAGCAGGAGAUGGCCGAGGCGUGCCGACUCUACAUCAGAAACCAUUUCCGACUCAACAUCAUAUCUGGGGCCAGUCACUGGCUGCAGCAGGACCAGCCCGAUAUCGUGAACACCCUCAUAUGGACCUUCCUCAAGGAGGGAGAGGGACGCAAAAGCUACAGGAACUAA